CUCUUUUUUACGUUGGAAUAAAGAUUAAAGAAAUAAAAGCCACACAUCCACACAUGGCAUGAUUCUUGACAAAGCUCCUCUCCCUCAUUCAAUCAAGAUCUCGUGCUAUCCAACCCACUGAGAAGUUGAGCUCAUCAGCCCCCAUUACCUUCCCUCCUCUCUUCUUCACUCAAGUGCAGGAUAGAACAUUUCAUCGCCUAGAUCUGAUUCGAUGCUUAAUUUUCUAGUAAAAGGUUCUUAUGAUGGACAGCGGAAUAGAUCCUGAUGCAUCUCUGGAUUAUGCUACGAUUCAGAUCUUUCCAACUAAAAACAAGUACGAGAUAUUUGUUUGUGGUGAUGACGAGGUUGAGAAAUUAGCUGUUGGCCUGCUGGAGCAACUCUUGCCACAUUUGCCAGAAGUACGUAAAUUGUACGCUAAAGGAACUAAUGCUAUCUUCAAACUCCAAGUAACAGGAGAACUCAGCAAUGUACCAUGGUUCACAAAAUCAACUUUGAACAGAUUCCUGAAAAUUGCUGGUUCACUUGAUUUAGUGAAUACCAGCAAGUCUAUUGAGGGUGAGAUCUCCCAAUUGGAGGAGGCCAGAAAAUUUCAUCUUUCUUUAUCUGCUCAGGGGCAUCAGGAUCAUUCUAAAAGUGGACAAACAGGUGGCUAUGACUCAAUUGAGACAGAAUCAACAGUCAAAGCUGAAGCGAAAAUUGCAUUAUCAGAUACUUCAAGAAAUGAAUUGCUGCGAGCUAUGGACCUGAGGCUUACUGCAUUAAAAACAGAAUUGGCUACAGCCCUAAACCAUGCUUCUGGUGCUGCCUGCUCCUGUAAAGAAAUCACUUAUUUGGUAGAAUUUUGUGAUUAUUUUGGCGCAAGAGAUCUAAAGAAUUCUUUGUGCAAAAUCUUAGAAUUGAGCCAAAAGGGUGAGGCGGAUGUACUCCUAAAUGACGACAAGCAUUCUUCAACAAUUGACAAUGCAAGCAAGAUGGAUGAAGAUGCUCCAAUUUCAAGACCUGUAUAUUCAUUACCACCAGUAAAAUAUGGUGUUUCACCAGCAAAGGCUGCCCAGGUUGAGCGACAGAGCUUAUCUGACAGUGAAGAGUCUUCAGAUUCGAGUGAUGAAAAUAAAAAAUCUGUGGAAAGAAGUCGAGCUCUUUCAAGAUCCGCAGCACCUAGAAGGUCAGCUUCUCCAAUGCGGAGGGUUCAAAUUGGGAGAGCUGGCUCACACAGGGCAGCUGCACUAACAAUUAAAAGCCUGAACUUUUAUCCUACCAGAGAAAGGACAUCAUCUCAUAGAGAUGCAGCUGAAAUUAGUAGUGAGGAGGAAGGAUCUGAACAAUCCAGUAAGAAACCUGAAGCUCAUGUCCGAAGGAUGAGUGUUCAAGAUGCGAUCAAUCUUUUUGAAAGAAAACAAAAGGAUCAAAGUGUAGAUGCCCUAAAAAAGAGCUUGUCAUCGAACAUUUCUCUCUGUACAAAUAAAUCUGUUUUAAGAAGAUGGAGUUCUGGUGUUGCAGAAAGUUCCAGUCUCUGCCAACAAGAACUUAGUUCAGAAGACUCUGUUCCUCUUCCUUGCAAUGAUAUUGCAGAUAAAGAAAUCUCAAAUAAUUUGGUUGAAGAAAAAUUAGAGUCUGAUUUUACACCAGGAGGUCAAAAUCUUUCUGAGACUGCUGAAGUUGAUGGAGAGUUGGAGAGAUGGGAAGAAAUGGAACAGCAUGCAGAUGUUGAAACAGAUGCUAAUGGAGCCCAAGGAAAGGAAAGAAAUGGAAGAACAGCAGACUCAGUGGAAUGGAGUCGACAAAAGGAAGCAGAGUUGAACGAGAUGUUGAUGAAAAUGAUGGAAAGCAGGCCGGUGAAAACCCAAAAGCCUAAAACUGUCAAAAACCAAAAUAUCCCUUCUGAGCAGAGGGGUGGAUUUUAUGAUCACUACAAGGAGAAGAGGGAUAGGAAACUUAGAGGAGAGAAUACUGAAAAGAGAGCAGAAAAAGAAGCGCAAUUUAGAGCAAUGCAGCAAAUUCUUGAUGCGAGAAAAGCUGAAAUAGCUACCACAAAUGUGAAGGAUGUUGGUAAGAAGCAUCCACCAAGCAAACCCCAAAAAUCUUUCAAAAAUCCAUCUCCAUCUGCAGAUCUCCGAAAAGACAGCCUAAAAUCUUCUGCCACAAAAAAGGUUUCAUCUAAAACAACGACCUUGCCUGCCACUCGUAAAUCAUGGCCAUCAACACCACCAACCAGAGGGCCAGUGUCAUCUCCAUCUAAAACUCCAGGAAUCUCAUCUGCUGGUACCAGACCAAGGAAUCGAAAAUCCCAGUCAACAGUAUCGCUUCCUCGAUCAAAUGCUAAAGUUGAAAGAUCCCAGCCACAGCAUAGAAUUGUAAAGGAAACACGAGCUGAUGCUAACAAGAGCUUAAAGGGGGUAAAAGAGAAGAGGCAGCAAACUGUAACAAAAAGUGGAAAAACAACAAAAACAAAAGCUGCAGCAGUUCUUGAAGAUGGUUCUGCCAUGGUUCCAUCAAAGCCUAGUUUCUAUAAUAAGGUUACCAAAAAAAGCACUGUUGUUCCAGUGGAAUCGAAACCCUUCCUCCGCAAGGGAUCUAGAAGUGGCCCUCCCAUUGUGAACAAGACAAAAGAUUCUUCCCAGCCGGGGGAGUCUUCUGUAAACUGUGGGAGUAUGUCAGAAAGUCAAGAGAAUGAGGUGAUUGUUAAUGCUUCUGUUGAGGUUAGUGAGCAUAAAGAUCAGGAUAAUGUGGCAGAGAGUCAUUUUGGUGCUGCUAUGGAUUCAGAAACAGUGGGAAAUAGCCAUCAGAAUUCAGGUGAGGUGGAGAACUUCAAAGAGCUUGCCACUGAUGUUGAUGAUGGCUUCAAAGAUACAGUUCAAUCUUCAGCAAACUUUCAGUCCGAAGAAGACUCAGUUAUCUCUCCCAGUGCAUGGGUGGAAAUAGAAGAGCAAAAGGACCUGCCUAGCAUACAUGGAGAUGCCACAACUCAACUUAGCCCUCCAGUCCGUGCUGCACCUGUGGGAUUUCCUAGUCAAGGUGUUCGUCAUUCUCUUUCUCAGAUGCUGCAAGAAGACAACAACAGUGAACCUGAUAUUGUCGAGUGGGGAAAUGCUGAAAAUCCUCCUUCAGUGGUCUACCAAAAAGAUGCUCCAAAGGGGUUGAAGAGGCUUUUGAAGUUUGCUAGGAAGAGUAAAGGAGAUGCAAAUAUGACAGGUUGGUCUAGCCCAUCUGUUUAUUCUGAAGGAGAGGAUGAUGGUGAGGAAUCUAAAGCUAUCAAUAAGAGAAACACUGACAAUCUUCUGAGAAAGGCAGCCCAUCAUUCAAAGGACAGCGGGCAGCAACAGACUUCUUUCUUUGAAGGAUAUGACAGAAAUGUGAAUGCCCAUGAACUUCUGCUGGCUCAAUCAAACAUAAGCAAAUUCAAUGCCCAGAGUUCACAUCAGUUGCACAAGGGCAAUGUAUCAACUGCAACCUCUACAACUAAAGCAACAAGGUCAUUCUUCUCUCUUUCAGCAUUUAGGGGCAGCAAACCAAAUGAGACCAAGUUCCAUUGAUGUUGGAAUGAAUGUAAAAUAUUGGUCACAUGUUUCCUCCUAGGAGCCACGUACAAGGUUAGACUUGGGCUUGAGGAAAAAUAUUCCUUCAUCUUCACUCACAGUUCCUGUCUAGUUCUGCAUGAAUUUCAGAGGGCUGGACCAUCCAUGUGUUUCAUACUGACCAAGGGUAUUGCACAUAGAGCACAUGUCUAGUAUCAGUAUAUGUAUUAUGCAGAUCAUACGGAUUCUUGCAUUUUAGAAACUCAGUUGAGAAUGUUAAAUGCUAAUGAAUCCAUUAACAUCUGACCCAUUUGUUUGUCUGUGUUAAUUCACUUCAUUGUAUGAUUUUUAAGUUGAAAUCUUCGAGGUUUAACUUAUGUUUA